AUGUACAACCCUUACCAAGGAGCACCUCCAGGCAUAGCUCCUCCUGGUAUGACGGCCCCCGGAACCACUCCGCCUCCAGGGAUGCAACAGGCGAAUGCUCAGCAACCAGGAAGGCCCGGAGGCUUCCCACAAAACUUCCAACCCCCUCCGAAUAUGCCCAAUAUCAACUUUUCGGCUCCCGUUAUUCGCCUUGGAACGUCCGGUCCACCCAAGUCUGCUACCCCAGAGACCAGCAAGGAGCGCGAGGCACCAGGGAGGCGUGCCGGUCUAGGCUCGUCGAAUCUAGAUUCUCAGCGCCAGAAUGUACGAGAUGCCAUGAUGCAGCUACAGCCCCCGACGAAGGAGGAAAUUGUGAGGACCAUCUUUGUGGGAGGAAUCACCGAGGGCGUUGGCGGCGAUGAGGGGGUGGAAAGAAUCCUUCGAUCGGCUGGCAACCUUAGGCGCUGGAUCCGUGCUACGGAUGCGGAUGAAAAACCGUGCAAGUUCGGUUUCGCAGAGUACGAGGACCCUGAAAGUCUAGGUACUGCCGUGGAAGUACUAAGGGACAUCGAAGUGCCUUUGAAAAGACAGACGCCGUCCGAGGGUAAUGGCAAAGAGAAGCGCGAAGUGGAGAAGAGUACAUUAUUGGUUGUUGUCGAUGAGAGCUCAUUGAGUUACUUGGAGCAAUAUGAAUCCAGCAGAGGCGAUCAAGACCCCGCGGAGAGUCAGUCACGGCUUGAUGCAGCGCGUGCUGCUCUUCAAGGGGUUGUUACCGAGUUGUUCUAUCCUACAUCUCCCACACAAAAAGAAGAGGCUUCGGCAGUUGACCGUGAGGGAGACACCGCGAUGAAAGACAGCGAGGAUCAGGGCGAGCGUGGUUCGGCCGAAGUGGUUACCAUCCCCAUCACGAUUGAAGACGAGUUGUCCGAUAUUCCCCCGGACAUGAGGGAAACUGUGGCGAAAGAAAUAGCAGCAUUCCGUGAGCGCAGCAACCGGAGAGACAUUGAACGUCUCAAGAGGGAAGAGGAGAUCGAAUCUAUGGAACGCGCUCGGAAUGCAGGCUCCCGCAUCAGCCGGCUGGCCUCUCCUCCGCCUACAGCGCCCAGUGGACCCGCGGCUGGUGCAAACGGUGUCCCUCUUGGCCCGCGGGAUCGUAGUAUGCCAAAUGCUCCUUCAGGGCCCAAGGGUUUUGGGGUUCAGAUCCCUAAGGAUUACCAAAAAGGGGUAUCGUUCGUCAAUGGCGGCUCCGUCAAUGGCGCUUCUACGGCCUACAUUGACCGCGAAGGCGAGGAGUCAGACGCGAGCGAUGAAGAGCUAGAGCGCAGACGACAGGAGAAGAAAGAGGCAGAGCAAGAAAAACAAUUCCUUGACCAGGAGCGACGCUGGCUCAACCGUGAACGGAGUAGGACUGCAGCCUUGGAGCGGGAGAAGAAACGGGACAAGGAAGAGGAGUCGAAACUACAGGAAGCGCGCGAGGAGGCAGACAAGCGACUCAGAGAAUGGAACGACGAUGUUGAGGCUAGCCGCAAAGUCGAUGAGUACUAUGCAGACCGGGGAGCAUGGCUACGCAGCCGUGCCGCUUUCCGUACCCGUGAGAUUAGUAUGGAUGAUGCGGAUCGUUCUGCCGAGGAGCGGGAGCGAGCUCGUUCUAUGCAGCAGCGAGAAAAAGCACGCGGCAUGGCCGACGACUUCCUUGCCCGCCAAGCCGAAGAGCUGGAAACUCGCCCGCAAGCCCCGAGAGAGCCCCAGCGUUUCAAGCUCUCCCUUGGUGCUGCCGCCCAGAAGGCUCAAGCCGCUACCUCUCGUCGAACCGUUGCCGAAGUCGAGGGGUUACUGGAAGACGAGGAAGAGCCACAGGCGACGGCAAGACGUCCUCUCAUCCCGAUCAAGUUCGACAGCGCCGCCGAGGCUGCGGGACUUACCGAAGAAGAGCGGACCCAAGCAGCUCGACAGCUGGCGGCGGAGAUCCCGGCCGACAAAGAAGGCUUAUGGAACUGGGAGGUCAAGUGGGAAUUCGUGGACGAGAGUGUGGUCACCGAACAGCUCAAGCCCUUCGUGGAGAAGAAGAUAGUGGAAUAUCUGGGAGUUCAAGAACAGAUGUUGGUGGAUGUGGUGGAAGAACAUGUUCGGAAGCAAGGCAGUCCUCAGGAGCUGGUGGAACAGCUCGAGGAGGCACUCGACGAAGAGGCCGAAGUGUUGGUUCGGAAGCUAUGGCGGAUGAUCAUUUUCUUCUCCGAAAGCGAGAAACGAGGACUUUCUGGGUGA